AUGCCAAUUGUUACUUCCGCACUGACUGUGUGGCUUCUGCAGCUGACCAUGCUACAAGGUGCUACAAGCUCAAAAGCAGAGAGUGGGCAGCCGAUAAACGCUCCAAAAAUAGUUGGGGGCCAACCAGCCUCUGGUGGCUCAUGGCCUUGGCAAGUCAGCAUUUCGCUGUUUUCUUAUCCUAUUUGUGGAGGCUCCCUCAUAGCUGAGCAGUGGGUCCUGACAGCAGCUCACUGCUUCUUCUAUGGACUGGGGCCCACGUUCCGAUACAAUGUCCUCCUAGGUGCCCAUCAGCUCUCAAACCUCUCUGAUAAUGCUGUAGCAUCUGCUGCAGAACAGAUUAUCCUCCAUCCUGACUACAAUGGCAGCGUUGACCACACAGCAGAUAUUGCUUUAAUCAAGCUGAAGUCGCCUGUGAGCUUCACUGACUACAUCCUCCCCAUCCGCCUGCCAGAGUCCUCUACACGCUUCUCUUCAGAAGAAUACUGCUGGGUAACUGGAUGGGGAGAUAUUCAAACUGGAGUGUCUUUACCUGCCCCACAAACUCUCCAGCAAGUGAAGGUGCCGCUCAUAAGCCGAGAAGUCUGCAAUGCUCUCUUAAACAGUGUCUCAGAGAAGGGCUUAAGAAAGGAUCCUGUCAAGCAGGAUAUGAUCUGUGCUGGUUACCCAGAAGGUGGGAAAGAUUCCUGCCAGGGUGACUCCGGGGGACCCUUAGUUUGCCAGCUCAAAGAAGGUUGGAUGCAGGCUGGGAUUGUGAGCUGGGGAAGGGGCUGUGGCCAACCCUCCCACCCAGGUGUCUACAUUUCAGUACCUUUCUAUGCCAAUUGGAUCCAAGAGAGAAUACAGGGUAGAAAUGGGGGUGGUGGGGAAAUUGGUGGGCUACCCAAUGUUGUGACAUUCACCUCGGUGGCGUUUGUACUGGCCCAUUUGUGAGAAACCAGUCUGCUGGCUUCCAGUCUGCCCACCAAUUGUAUGGAAUAGCUUUUCUUUCUUUUUUUAGUUUUAGUUUUUAUUUAUACUUUGCAAAUGUAUACAUUUCAUUAGUUUUACAAUCAAUUUAACAUUCUCCAUUUGAGCUCGUUUUCUCCUCUAAAUAUAUAAUUUUCAAACAAAAUCAAGAGCAGAUGAAUGGAUAUGUUCACAGCUGCUAUAUUCACAACUAAAUAUGAUUACAUUAGAGUAUACAUUUGAGUUUUAUUAUUAACAGCAUGCAGGAUAAUCUUUGACUUCCUUCCCCCUUCUUCCGCGGUUCCUUAAAUUUAUUUUUUAAUAUCUUCUGCAUAUCCAAAUUCAUUUAACUUGUUCAUUUCAUUAUCGACUGCAAAUAUAUACUCUUAUAUAACUGCAGGUUAUUACAAUAAUCCUGUUAUUGUUUUUAUCUGUUUACAAUUUAUCUGUAAAUAUUCAAUAAAUCAUUUCCAUUCUUUUAUAAAAAGUUUGUUAUCUUGAUUUCUUAUUCUUCCGGUAAGUUUCACCAUUUCUGCAUAUUCCAAAAGUUUUUGUAUCCAUUCUUCCUUUGUUGGGACUUCUGCUUCUUUACACUUUGGGGCAAGUAGCAUUCUUCUUGCUGUAGCAGCGUAUAUAAAUAAAUUCCUAUACAAUUUA